AUGGCUAAAACUGUAAGAAUAAACGGCCCAAAUCUUAUUUCAGCCCAUAUGAAAAGUUACAACAAUUAUGACCUAUCUGUUUUAGAACCUGUAGAGAUACCACCAGAAAACCCUGCUAAGGAACCACCGUUAUCACCUCCAAGCCCAGGCCCAGAAUUUCCAGGUCCACCAAUACCAUUACCGCCCGAUCAUGAUCCAAUGGGCCCAGACAUGCCUGGGCCACCGCCUGAGAUUGUUCCGCCCGGUGGGCCGGAUGUUAUACCUCCGAUAGACCCGGAGAUUGUUCCGCCUGGUUGGCCGGAUGUUACACCUCCAACACCACCGGAGAUUGUCCCGCCCACCGGGCCGGAUGUUGUGCCUCCGAAGGAGCCCGAACCUGAACCGUGGCAGGUUCCGCACCCUGAUGUCCCAUCACCCAUCAUCUUUUGA